GCUUUAAUGUUGUUUCCUAUGGAUGUGUGCGCCGCUGUUGGUUUGUUCCUGAUCUCAUUUUAAUGAGGCGUGUGUGCUUCCUGGUGUUUCCUACCCAGUGAGCAUGAGAGCAGCGUUCCCACAGGAGUCGUACUUUCCUUUUGUUGGCAGUGUGCACCUCGCCGCCCUCUUCCCUUUCCCUCGCACCUUCUCACAAUCGAAUGCCAGACACCUGUACGACAGGUUGCCAACUCCCAUGAAUAGAAGUGCGCAUGUAGUAAACACAAAUACGUUCAUAGCAACCUCUCUCUCUCUCACACACACACACACACACACCUACUGGGCUCCACCCCUCACCUGUCUUCCUUGACUGGCUGGGCUUGUUGCUGCGCACGCCCGUACCUGUUCACAGUGACCGAGACACCUGUCGGACCAAAAGGCCUUCCCUCUGCUCACAGGACUCUGAGCUCGGUGGACAUUUCUCUGCUGGGUGUGAAGUAGAAGCAGGUGGCUUGUAGAGAUAACUGAACAAAGAAGAGAGAGAAACAAGCAUGUCAAAACAGGGGGAAAAGGAGUCCGUGUUCGUUACCACCAAAGUGCGGACCAAGCUGAAGGGAGACGGCAGCUGGCUGCAAUGCAGCAGUGGCGCGCAGGCGGAAGCUGACAAGGAGAAGCCAUGGUUGGCAGAAGUAAGGGCCGGCCGUGUGAACGGAGCCCCUGUUGACAGCAGUCCAGUGUCGUCACCAACUCCAUCCACUGCGCCCCCCACCAAGUCAGAUGCAGAGAGAGCUCCGGCCUCAGGAGGCAUUUUCACUAAACUAGACAAGCCCCCUUCAUCUUCAACAACUAACGGCGUGAUUCCAUCAACGACACAAUUCACCAAAAAGUCCUCAGAAAGCUACAAGAAAAUAGCCCCCUACACGGUGAGGCCCACGUCAGAGAACCAGGAGAGCCAGCUGAGCAACGAGGAGCAGGAGAAACGGACGGAGGCUGCCAGCAAUGUUCUGAAGAAAUCCUCCAUGAGGAAACGGUCCUAUGUGCUUUCUGCUGCUAAGAAAUAUGAGUCUCAAGAAGAGAUGCCCGAAACCUCUUUAGUCAACAGCAGUCCAGCAUUUGUGGCUAGAAGGGUGGAGGUUACCGAUGUUGAUGGGAGCGCUGCGACACCAGCAGCUGCCAGCGCUCGGCCCCCCUCCCCCGCCUCCACACCAGAGCCCAAACCACGCAAAGUAGUCGACAGCAUUAAGACGGCUGCUGCUGUGGCACCGAAGGUGGAGGAGCCCGUGAAGGAUGACCCCCCUCCGGUGUCUGUUACAGUAAAGGACCCAUUUGAGGAAGUGGAACCAGGCGGCACCAAGCUGGCCACUCCCCUCCCUGUGCGCAUCCCAAAGUGUUUCCAAGCAGUCAGUACAGAGCCAGAACCCCAGGAUUCAGACACUUCUGGGCCAGUUGACGCCCCUCUGGUUGAAGUCGGCCCAGCGUCAGCAGCCCCAUUACCACCUACUCCAGCAGCCCCUGCCCCUCUGUCUCCUGCCCUUCUGUCUCCUGCCCCUCUGUCCCCUGCCCUUCUGUCUCCUGCCCUUCUGUCUCCUGCCCUUCUGUCUCCUGCCCCUCUGUCUCCUGCCCUUCUGUCUCCUGCCCCUCUGUCUCCUGCCCCUCUGUCCCCUGCCCCUCUGUCUCCUGCCCUUCUGUCCCCUGCCCCUCUGUCUCCUGCCCCUCUGUCUCCUGCCCUUCUGUCUCCUGCCCCUCUGUCUCCUGCCCUUCUGUCUCCUGCCCCUCUGUCUCCUGCCCCUCUGUCUCCUGCCCUUCUGUCUCCUGCCCUUCUGUCUCCUGCCCCUCUGUCUCCUGCCCCUCUGUCUCCUGCCCUUCUGUCUCCUGCCCCUCUGUCUCCUGCCCCUCUGUCCCCUGCCCUUCUGUCUCCUGCCCCUCUGUCCCCUGUCCCUCUGUCUCCUGCCCCUCUGUCUCCUGUCCCUCUGUCUCCUGCCCCUCUGUCUCCUGCCCCUCUGCCUCCUGCCCUUCUGUCCCCUGUCCCUCUGUCUCCUGCCCCUCUGUCUCCUGCCCUUCUGUCCCCUGCCCCUCUGCCCCCUGCCCUUCUGUCCCCUGCCCCUCUGUCUCCUGCCCCUCUGUCUCCUGCCCCUCUGUCCCCUGCCCCUCUGUCCCCUGCCCCUCUGUCUCCUGCCCCUCUGUCCCCUGCCCCUCUGUCCCCUGCCCUUCUGUCUCCUGCCCUUCUGUCUCCUGCCCCUCUGUCUCCUGCCCCUCUGUCUCCUGCCCCAGUGUCUGCUGUAACAGAGUUCCCAGGCUGGACCCAACCAGAAGCAGAAAGAGCACCAAAACCAUCUCAAAGGCAAAGCUCCAGUGUUGACACGCUCGCCACCCUGUCCGACACUCUCAUUGCUUUCGACUCCAGUUCAACCAGCUUUUGGGAUGAUGAGCCAGAGGAAGACGCAGCUUCAGCAAAGAUGCAAAGCACACAGAACGGGGUUGAACAGGAGCUCAGCAGCUGUGUGACGGACGAUCUCCUGGCUCUCACCGAUGGUCCAGAGGAGUCUGCAGACCCCGCCCCCCCCAGUCCAGGCCGCUGGAGUCAGGAUCUGCUUAGUGGACUAAGUGAGUCAAUACCAGCAAAGACGAGUGGCGCCCUGGAUCUGCUGGCGGACGAUGUCAUUCCUAUCAAGACAGAGGCACGCAGCAGCCUCAACAUGCAGCGAGAGGAGAACCAGAGGGAUGAAACACAGAGCCUCACAGAGACCGUCACUACGACCACCAAGACUGGGACCAUGACUGACACCGACCGGGAGGACACGGCCAACCCGUGGAGCUCCCGCGAGGCGACGGCAGCAUCAAGCUCGGCUGAUCCGUUUGAUCCGUAUCCGAUCGGGACCCCGUCCUCCAACAGCGCUGCUGACCUGCUCCAGCCUCUCUCGGAUGUCUCCGGCAACAGUGCAUCAUUUACUUUCAUGGAGAACAAAGAACCAAGUCCAGACAAUGUGUUGGAAUCCCUGGCCGACAGCGUCCUGCCCAUCAACACCGACACCACCAGUCUGGGUACUGGGCGCUCAUGGGCGCGCUCAUGGGGAAGCAGCCCUCUUGAGCCGGCGGCUGCAGCCGAGAGCCAAGGAGGCCCAACUGUAGAUCCAGAGACGCUGGUCAUGUUUGAAAGAAAGUCGUCUGAGAACGACUCCCCAUGGGACAGGUGGACAUCACCCACUGUCUACACCCUGGCUACAGGAGAAGAGGAGGAGGAAGAGGAGGAGGAGAGCUAUGAGCCCGAUUCCAGGACCGGAGAAGAGCCGCGUGUCCAAACACCAGAACCUGAGGCCAAAAAGGGGUUUGUGUAUCUGAAGGAGUACGUCAAUGCAACAGAGCUGUCCUUGCACAAUGCCAGAGACUCAACCGAAAACGGGUCAGACUAUUUGACCUUGAGCCCUGCCAGCUACUCCUACAGCAGCCCCUCAACUUACUCCAGUGACCUGCUGUCAUCCACCUGUAACUUCUGCCAGAAGCCAGUUGGUCAUGAUGCCAAGAUCACCGUCGAGCACCUCGACAUCAACUGCCACCCCGACUGCUUCAAGGUACUUCCUCGUCUCUGGCAUUUAUCGGACGACACAAAGUCCUGGAGGAAUGCGGUGUGUGUGGGAAGCCCAUGGGAGACCUUCUGGACAGCAUGUUCCUCCAUGGGGGGACGGUCCACUGCGAGACGUGCUACAGCAACGCCUUGGACUGACCCGCCUCGUGGGCUCCACCCUCCCUUCAUGGUCAUUAGCAUAUAAAGUGGGAAGUGACCUCUUUCUCCCUGUUUGAGCUCAGGAAUGAUCAAAAGGUUGUUAUAGUGAACACGGUGACUAUAUAAUGUGGAUUCUUAAAUCAUGUUCUAAACGCUUGUUUUUGACCCUUGUGCUGAAAGCUGUAGACUGUGAAGGAUGUGUCAUGAGCAUUAUGAAUGGAGCAACACGAGCUCGGAGGGAACAACUCGAGAAUUUACUGCAGUCGUUGUGCAAAAAUCUUUAUUAUAAAAUGCUUACUUAUUUUUCUCUUGAUACAAAAUAGUGUGUCACAUGUAUGAUGCUUUGUUGAAAAAUAAAAUGAUUUAUAUA